AUGACAAAUCAAACGACGACAAUAACGAAUCUUGAGGAACUCUCUGGAAUCUUUUCAACAAUAGUUGACCCAGGCGGACAAGACGAAUAUUUAAUCGAAGAAAUUCACAAAUGGUGUGUAAAAAAUAACUAUAAUAAACAAGAAGUCUUUGAAGCGCUUGUCGAUCAGGCAAAAACUUCUCUAAAUAACGAUGAAGAACGACUAAAGAAAUUCGCAUGCGUACUUGGAUUAUUUUAUCAUUACGGGAUCGGAACACCACACAGAAAAAAGAAAGCCUUCAAAUGGUACACUCGCGCCGCGAACUCUGGCGACCCAUUUGGUAUGAAUCAACUUGGAUGGUGCUAUUCGAUUCCGUUUGGCACUGAUCAAGAUUACGAGAAAUCGAUACACUGGACAAAGAAAUCGGCUUUUUUGGGGAAUCCAAGUGGCGCCUGUAAUCUCGCGAACGCGUAUCAACAUGGAACAAAGAUUGGAAAAAAUGAUGUCAAGUCGUUUCUAUGGUAUAAGUACGCGGCGAAUGCUGGCGUAUUGAAUGCACAAAUUAAUAUGGCGUGUUGCUAUCGAGUUGGGUUGGGUACUUUUAAGAAUAUGCAUGAAGCAUUAAGAUGGUACCGAAUAGCAUCGAAACAUCCGAAAAAUACUCGAAACAUUAUGAAUCUUAUUUUUGCUUGGCGGUGGUUAAGAUAA